UUGACCGUCACGCUCUCUCCAGUGAUAAAAGCGCGGAGGUUAUGGACGAUUAAUAGUACACAGACAUAAAAAAAUGUUUAAAUAAUAAUUAUUAGAUACCUAUCAGUGAUCCUUUUGAAGAGAUGGCGUCGGCUGUGUUCAGACUCGUGCGGAGUGUGUCGAGCUGUCGACCAUUCUCUCACAAAACUGAUGAUUUCCUGAAAAGCGACGUUGUUCAAAGACACAUUAAACGUGUGUUAGAUGAAUAUAAAUGCAUGUCGAGUAGUGUCGAGAGCGGGUGUGUCAGUGAGUCUGACAGGAGAGGUUUAAAUCUUAAACUGGUUGAAGUGUCGAAGGUGUUCAACGCGUUUGAGAGAGCUCAACUAGCGAUGAGAGAACUUACAGAGAUACAAACUCUCAUUCACAAUACGAGAGCUGAAGACCAGCAGAUGCUUUCACUCCUGAGAGAGGAACAUGCCGAGAUCAGCCGAAGAAUAGAGACACUUAACGAGAAGCUGAUUCAGUCUCUGGUUCCGGCUGAUGAACAGGACCGUAAAAAUGUUUUUCUGGAGGUCGUAGCUGGACGAACCACUGGAGGUGACAUCUGUCAACAGUUCACUCGAGAGAUGUUUAAUAUGUAUCAGGGUUUUGCCGGCUAUAAAAACUGGGACUUUGAGGUUUUCAACUACACACCUGCAGAUUAUGGUGGUCUUCAUCACGCUGCUGUGAGAGUCUCGGGUGACGCCGUGUAUCGUUGGUUGAAGUUUGAGGGUGGCACACACAGAGUUCAGAGGAUUCCUGAAGUGGGAUUGUCAUCUCGUAUGCAGCGCAUUCACACUGGAACGAUGACCGUCAUUGUGCUGCCGCAGCCAGAUGAUGUUGACAUUCACAUCGAUGUGAAAGAUUUGCGAAUCGACACCUUCAGAUCGAAAGGAGCAGGCGGUCAGAGCGUCAACACCACUGACAGCGCUGUACGGAUAGUUCACCUGCCCACAGGGACCGUAUCAGAGUGUCAGCAGUUUCGCUCUCAGUUACAGAAUCGUGACACGGCGAUGCGUGUGCUGCGAGCGCGACUGUACCAGAGCAGCAUGGGACAGCAGAGAGAGAACACGCAUGCAACACGCAAACAACAGGUGGGCACUCGAUCUCAGUCUGAGAGAAUCCGCACAUAUAACUUCAGUCAGGACCGAGUGACGGAUCACAGGAUCAGAUACGUGACACGUGAUAUCAAGGAGUUCAUGAGAGGAGGUGAAUCUCUCGAGGAGGUGGUCAGACUUCUGCAGGAACACAAUAGCACACAAACACUCAUGAAACUGCUGCAGAGUCACGGCGAUGAUGAUGAAACCGCUCCUGAGUCACGGCGAUGAUGAUGAAACCGCUCCGGAGUCACGGCGAUGAUGAUGAAACCGCUCCGGAGUCACGGCGAUGAUGAUGAAACCGCUCCCGAGUCACGGCGAUGAUGAUGAAACCGCC